AAAGCCAACUAAGCAUGGAGGAUUUUCCAUCUGAGAUCUCAGCAGUGGAAGCAUUAGUGUACUAUUUGCACCACAGCCUAAAAGAAUCAGGUUCUAAAUGGAGUGUUGAUUCAAGAAAUGAAAUGUGCCGCCUUACUUUGCUAACAGACAAUGAAAAUGUGGCCGUUGAACGGGCAGUGGUUUGGUCCCCCAAUGAAGGGACAAAAAUAUUUUUCAAUAACAACCAACUGCCAAAGGACAACUUUAUUCUGACCAUGCCUCAGCCAGAUCAGAGCAAGAUAUCUGAUCUUGCCCAAUAUCUCCAAAUUCUCACCACUGUAGUUGAAAGUGUGAAGCUGUGUGAAGGAGUAACUACUUACACUGAUUCCUGGAACGCUGCUGAAGAACUCGGAAUGGGGCAAAUUGACAAAUGCAGCUCUCAAAGUCCACGAUAUAGAAGCAAAGACUGCACGUUAGUGUACAUGGAGGCAAAGAGGUGUGAAGCCUGUGAAUGUAACAGACUAAGUUUCAAACAAAAAAAAUGGAGGGAUGAUCGGGCUGAAGAAUCAGACUUGUCAAAAAUCAACAACAGGUAUUUGUUGAGAAAAGCACUUCUUGCUAAAACAAAGUCAUUGGCAAAAGAAAAGAAAAUUGCAGGCAAGACUAUAAGAUAUUAUAAAAAGAAAGUGCGUCAGAUGAUAAAAUCUGAAAGUAUUGUAGUAGACCAACAUCUCAGCAAGGAUUUCUUUGAUGUAAUGAAGCAAAAUGUAACUAAAAUGACACCUAUCCAAAAGUUAUUUUGGAGUGAGCAAAUGAAAGCCAUUUCAAAACAAUCGAAUCCCAGAACAAUGCGGUGGAAUCCAAUGAUGAUUAAGAUUGCUCUGCAUCUCCAGAGCUUAUCCCCGACUGCUUAUGAAUACUUGAGAGAAUCUGGACUUCUACAACUACCCUCUCAGAGGAGACUGUAUGAUUUUUCUCACUUCACUCAAGCCAAGGAAGGCAUUCAGCAAGCAGUCAUAGAUUUAUUGUCCGAGAAACUGGAAAAAGUAAUAACAGAAGAUUACCAAAGAUAUUUUAAUUUACUAUUUGAUGAAAUGAGUAUCCAGUCUGGAUUAGUGGUGACAAAGUCUGGGGACAUUGUUGGUUUCGUAAACCUGAGUGAAAUUGAACAGAGUGUUGCAGAUCUUGAAAAUCAGUUGGCUGGUGAAGGAGAAAUCAAGAAACAAGAGGCCAAGAAAGUUCUUGUGUUUAUGUUGCAAGGUGUAUCUCUGGAUGUUCAUGAAGUUGUUGCAAUUUUUCCUACAACAGAAUUGUCUGCCGAGCAGCUCUACACAAGAGCUUGGGAUGUGAUUUUCAACCUUGAAAGCCGCAACAUCAAGAUUUUGACUUUGAUUGGUGAUGGAGCUGGUUGCAACAAAAAGUUCUUCAAAAUGCAUGCUAAGUACGAUCAUUCAGAAGAAUUUGUCUACUCCACCAGGAACAUUGCAUGUGGAGAAGACAGACCCAUUUUCUUCAUGAUUGAUCCUCCUCAUCUGCUCAAAACCAUUCGGAACUGUUUUUCUAACUCCCAUGGUCACUACAACACCCGAGCAAUGUGGAAAGACGGAGAGGUCAUAAGCUGGGCAGCCUUGGAGGCGCUUUUGAAUGCUUCGAUCAAAGACAAAUUUAAAAAGCACAAGUUGACAUGGGCUCAUGUGAAACUCACAGCAUUCACAAGGAUGAAUGUCAAAUAUGCCACCCAGACCAUGAGCAACUCAGCCAGCCUAAGCCUUUCUGACUACAAGGAUGAUGAACGGUUCGAUGGACUUGUGACUUCACAAUUAUUAAUGUUUUUAAAAGAAGUCAAUAAAUUUUUUGACUGCCUGAAUGGCUCUCAUGAUCCUGAUGGCAAAAGGAACAAGAGUAACAAGAACCUUUUGCCAUAUAAAUCUGUAAAUGAUGAAAGACUUACUACAACUCUGAAGAAAGAAGUAUUAAAAUUUUUCCAAGAUUGGCAGAAAAGUGUUGAGAAUAGGGAGGGAGAGUUUACAGCUGAAGAUAGAGAAAAGAUGACCAUUAGCAGUCAGUCCUAUGAAUCACUUCAUAUAACUAUCUUUGGAUUUUGUGGUGCUGUCAAGUUUCUGCUGGACUGUGGUGCCCCUUCAAUUGAUGCAAAGAAAUUCAACCAAGACAAAUUAGAACAAUAUUUUGGAAUUCUGAGAAUGUGUGGAGGAGCUAGCAACAAUCCCACAUUACAAGGUGUAUUACAGAAGAGCCUGGCACUCACAGUGCAAAAGGGCGCAGCUCUCCCAGGCAAGAAGGGCAACACAAGAGGAACCCGCCAGCUUGUAAUUGAUGAAGAACCGUUACCUUGCAGACCCAGAAAAUAAAAUAUAUUUCUGUACAAAAGCCCUAUGUU